AUGGCUUCCAAUGAUCAACCACGCGAUAUGAGCAAGUGGCGGGAAGUACUCCUCGACCCCAAUGUCCAGUUCCCCGGUGAGUCGAGCGAAUACCGACGGGCACGCAACGACCUGUUAGAGCGUGAGGCAGAGCUCCGGCAGCUUAAUGAACUGGUUGCUUCCCAGCGCCGAGCACUUCCACCGGGUGGCCUGGUUAAAGAGGACUACGUCUUCGAGUCUGCGGGCGACGGGACUGAGGUGAGGCUCUCGGAGUUAUUCGCACCGGGUAAGAACUCGCUGGUCAUUUACAACAUGAUGUUCCCCCGCUGGCCUAAGGACCUGCGAGCGGGUGCCACAGGAGGUGAGACAGCCAAGCUGCCGCUUGCUGAGCAACCAUGUCCAUCGUGCACGUCAGUUGUUGAUGGGCUUGAGGGUGCUGCAUUGCACCUCGCUGAGCGCACCAAUCUUGUUGUGAUUGCAAAGGCAAGUCCCAAUCGACUCAGCACCUACGCACAAGAACGUGGCUGGCGCAACCUGAGGAACACAUUUAACCGCGACUAUCUCGCUGAAACACCAAGCGGUGUGCAGCGAGCAGUCCUGCAUGUGUUCUCGCGUAAUAAGGAUGAGAUCCGACACCACUGGACCAGCGAGAUGACAUUCAAGCGCGGGGACACCAGCUCUCUGGACCCAGUCUGGCCAAUCUUCGGUGUCCUCGACUUGACGCUUGAGGGACGUGGAGACAGCGCUACGUAUCCCAAGAUGCAGUACUAA